CCGGAGAAGUGAGAGUCAUAAACCCCUUAUCCUCUUUCCAUCUCCUUCCUUCUCUUAUUAUAUCAAAAAGAAAAUCAUUACAUACUGAUUACUACUAAAGAACAAAAAGUUGAUAAUAUCAAAUGCGAUUCAUCAGGGCUGUCACUGAAAAUCAUUAUCUGCCUCUCUUCAAACCCUUUGGAAAUGGCGGGAUCGUUAGCCUCACUCCCUACGUUUAGUUUGGUGAAUGCGUCGAGAAGGAGAAUCGAGUCUUAUGGCUCCAGAAAACGCAUCGGAGUUGUUCGUUGUUGUUCCUCCGGCGACAGUCAGCAGCAGAGAGGGAGAUUAUUGAGAGAAAGUGCGAUUUCAUUAGCUUUAUCGUUGGGUCUAAUAGCUGGAGGAGUAGUCCCUUCGAUGGCUUCCCCUCCCUUCGAUGGCUUCGCCGUAGCAAACCCAGCGAUUCCAGAGGUGUCGGUGUUGAUAUCAGGACCUCCCAUCAAAGACCCAGGAGCUCUGUUGAGAUAUGCAUUGCCUAUCGACAACAAAGCCAUCAGAGAAGUUCAGAAGCCUCUUGAGGAUAUCACUGACAGCCUCAAGAUUUCUGGCCUCAAGGCUCUCGAUUCUGUUGAACGGAAUGUGAGGCAAGCAAAUAGAUCACUUCAGCAAGGGAAAAGCAUGAUUGUGUCUGGUUUUGCUGAGUCCAAGAAGGAUCACGGUAACCAACUGAUUCAACAGUUGGAAGCUGGUAUGCAAGAUAUGCUUCAGAUUGUUGAAGAUCGGAAGAGAGAUGCGGUUUCUCCUAAACAGAAAGAGAUUCUCCAAUUUGUUGGCGGAAUUGAAGAGGAUAUGGUCGAUGGCUUCCCUUACCAAGUCCCUGAUGAGUACCGCAACAUGCCUCUUCUCAAAGGAAGAGCCACUCUCGACAUGAAAGUCAAGAUCAAGGACAACCCCAACCUCCAGGAUUGUGUUUUCCGCAUUGUCCUCGAUGGUUACAAUGCCCCUGUUACCGCUGGGAACUUUGUCGACUUGGUGGAGCGCCAUUUCUAUGAUGGCAUGGAGAUCCAGAGAUCUGAUGGGUUUGUGGUACAAACGGGAGAUCCAGAGGGUCCUGCGGAAGGAUUUAUAGAUCCAAGCACUGAGAAAGUGAGGACUGUUCCUCUUGAGAUUAUGGUGGCUGGCAAGAAGACUCCUUUUUACGGCUCAACCCUUGAAGAAUUGGGUCUGUACAAGGCUCAGGUGAUGCUUCCUUUCAACGCAUUUGGAACAAUGGCUAUGGCUAGAGAAGAGUUUGAGAAUGACUCGGGAUCGAGCCAAGUGUUUUGGCUGCUGAAAGAGAGUGAGCUGACCCCAAGCAAUUCCAACAUCUUGGACGGUCGUUACGCUGUCUUCGGUUACGUUACUCAGAAUGAAGAUUUUCUGGCUGAUCUUAAAGUCGGUGAUGUCAUUGAGUCCAUUCAAGUUGUCUCCGGUUUAGACAAUCUCGUCAACCCCAGUUACAAAAUCGCCGGAUAGUUGCCAAAACUUUAUCGUUAAUUUCCCUUUUUAUCUGUUCAAGUUUUUUUUAAUCUUUGUGAGAGAGAGAGAGAAAUUAUAAAUGUGUAUUUUCCGCCUAUGAAUACUAUUGUAACUUGUCUAUUUUCUUUUUUCGUUUAAGCUUCGAAUUAUUGAUAUGUUCA